AUGACAAAGCCACUGGAGUUGGUCAAAAGAAUCAUACCCAGUGUGGAGGUCCAAUCAAGACAACACACCAAGAUAGGUUCACCUGCACUAUGUGCAGGUCCAGUCCUUCAAACAGGCAGUGUGGUUUCACCAAAGGCAGAGGCUGUCAUCAUGGCAGGGGGCAAAGACAUGGAUUCCAAGGCAAAUUUGUGGAUACAUUGCUAUGAACCACAUACAUGGAAGAACAAAAAAAUGGGCAAGACAACAAGGGAAAUGAUUGCUAUGUUUGACAAGCUGAUGAAGAAAGAGCUGCAGGCAAGAGAAGCAGCUUUGGAGGUGAUAAAGGCACAAAUCAACAAUGAGAAAAACCAUUGCACACCUAAAGGGAAGAUUGGUACUAUCAAAUCAAGAAGCAAAUCUGCUGGCAGCAUCCUUAUCAUGCUUGGGCAAAUCAAAUGUGAAUCCCCAGUCAAAUCGGGGAAGAAGGAACCAACUGCAGACAUAGACAGCAACAAACUCAAUACAACCAAGAACAUCAAGGUUCAAAUCGAAAGAGGCAAUAAAACCAAUGCUGCAAACAACACCCAAACCAGCAAGAGGAUCAUCAGGACAAGGUCAUCAAACAUCAGAGAUUAUCUCACCAAAACUGAAGAGGAUAAGAAACCUGCUUUGACCCACAGUAGACUCUCAUCUGCUGGCACAAAUAGGAGCACAAAACGCAUGCAUUCCAACACUAACAAGUCUGGCAUGGAGAACAAGAAUGAGGAAUCAAAGGACAACUUUAUCUGGAUGACAACAAAGAGUCCUGAGGAGACCAAAAUUUGUUACAGUGCACCACACACUCGAUCCCAGACAAGUAAAGAGGGUAAAAUGGGUUCAUCUUCAACUGGCAUCAGAACUGGGUACAACAAGAAUGAUCCUCUCUCCAUCAUAUGGAAAAUGGAAGAUGGAAUGAUACUCUUGAAGGGGAAACAUCCAGAGAUCAAAUUCGGAACCCUAUUUGACAAUUUGGAGGACCUGGCUGUUAUCCAUGGCAGAAAGCUGCAGGACAAAGCGAAAUAG